ACGUAGUCUUUAAGGUGCCACAUGUUUCUCGGUUUGUUUCUUCGGAUUUUGCCUGACCUGGUUGCACAUGCGAACCAGUUACCUCUUCUAAAAUUUAAAGAGAAACCUUUCUAGUGUAGCGGAAAGCUUUUGCAGACCAAUCAACAGAGCACAAAAAAAUGGGUGUAUUUCAAGAAAGGGGUGUUCUAUGGCUAUUGCUUAGACGGCGUGAUUGCUUUCCCAGUUGCAACCUUUCGACUGAACCCAGAGCCACUGAAGUCGAAAGGGGGAAGGAAAAGGUGUCAGGCCAUUUUAUGGUGCCCAUCUGCCCAGAGGCCACUCCAGGAAUCCGAGCAAGCCCCACCGACUGCGACGCAACUUGCCCUCCGAGUAUUUCGGAAGCCUAAGGCAACGGGCCGUGCAAAGCUCCAGGAAGGAGGAAGGUGGCAGCGGCGAGCAUAGAUGUUUUCCAGGAAGAAUAGUAGACAGUAAGGAAUAUGUCUGUGUUCCACAAAAUCUUACUGAGACCAGAGGUCGAAGAAUAUCUGAGGGCUGUAUUUCAAAACAAUAAGCUUGUAACUGCCAUCGGUCCAGAGCAAGCUGAAGAGAAAUAUGAGUCUCUGUUAAAUAAUUUAUCUCAUCCACCAGCUUUCACAACUGUUAGAGUGAACACUCACUUGGCAUCUGUGGAGCAUGUAAGAAGUCUGCUUUGUGAAGAAAUCCAAAAGCAGUAUGGAAGUUUUAGUGUUCCAGUUCUUCAGCAUCCACAACUCCCUGAUGUCUUACUUAUUCCUGUUAUUGGACCCAGGAAGGAUUUACAAAAGUUAACAAAUGAGGUUAUUGUGGGUGCACAGUGUGGGAGCGCAGUUUUGAGAGGUGCACAUGUCUAUGCUCCUGGAAUUAUAUCUGCUUCAAAAUUCAUGAAAGCUGGUGAUUUGGUUUCAGUAUACUCUGAUAUCGAAGGCCAGUGUAAAAGAGGAGCCAAAGAAUUUCUUGGAACCAAGGUUUUCAUUGGAAAUGGAAUUUCUGAACUGAGCCGUAGUGAAAUUUUUCAAUCCAAUGGCACAUUGAAAGGAAUGGGAAUAAAAAUGAUAGAGCCUAUUUAUCUUAGUCCUUCGUUUGACAAGUUGUUGUCCAGUUAUCUAUUUUUACAGAACUUGCCAUCCUCUGUUGUGAGCCAUGUUUUGGAUCCUCAGCCAGGAGACAGAAUUUUGGACAUGUGUGCUGCUCCUGGGGGAAAAGCUACCCAUAUUGCAGCAUUAAUGCAUGAUGAGGGGGAAGUGGUAGCCUUGGAUAAGAUAGCAGACAAAGUGAAAAGGAUUAAACAAAAUGCUACAUUACUAAAACUGAACUGCAUUAAAACCUUUUGUUAUGAUGCUACUAAGGUGCUUGCCACAAGCAAGAGGGAAGAUGGCCAAGAAGGACCUCCGUUCUCACCAGAAUCAUUUGAUCGAAUACUUCUUGAUGCUCCCUGCAGUGGGAUGGGGCAGAGGCCAAAUAUGGCUUACAUCUCAUCUUUAAAGGAAGUGACUUCUUAUCAGCCUUUACAGCGCAAGCUCCUUAGGGUGGCAGUGCAUCUGCUGAAGCCGGGAGGCAUCCUUGUGUACAGUACCUGCACAAUCACACUUUCUGAAAAUGAAGAGCAAGUUGCAUGGAUGUUGGAGACGUUUCCAUGCCUCCAGCUUCAGUCACAGGAGCCCCGUGUUGGAGGUGAAGGCAUGAUGGGAACUGGGUUGUCACCUGAACAGUUGAAAUGGCUACAGAGGUUUGAUCCAUCUGAAGUGACUCUGCAAGGAAUGGAUUUUGAUUCACUGCAAGAGUUAAAAUACGAAGAUUUGAUAAGCCUGGCAAAUAAGGACUGCAUAGGUUUUUUUAUUGCAAAGUUUAUAAAAGUACAGGGAGAAUAAUUUAAGAACUCUUCAUAUGAAAUACUCUUUCCUGUUAACCUUUGGAGCAUUCUGAACUGUACCUCAUGCUGCUGCAAGGUUGCCAAGCCAACAGACUGACGACACAGUUGCUAUGGCAGCAGUAUAGUCUGCCAGCUGUUUCCCUUGGGAGAGAUCCACAGGUUGGAGAAACAAGUCUGAGGGAAAGGGGUAGAUGCACUUUGGAAAGCUGUGUUUGGUUUUGCAUUAUCACUAGGUCACUGAUUCUAGAAACUUUUAUUUUUCAAUUUAUCCAGUUAUUUUUUUAAAAAAAAAACUGUAAUUGUAGUAGGAAGUCUUCUUUCAGCAUAUAGUAUACAUUGCACAGAAUUAGGAAAAAAAGUGAUCAUUUUGUAAAACUUCGUGAAUACAUUGUAAAACUUUGUUUACUGAAUUCUGAAAAAGCUCCUUUAAAAAUCAUGUAUUAAAGAACAUUUCAAUGAG